CGAUUACGACCAACCCGGAAGUUAAAUACUACAUCCCGUGUCAAUAUACUUGCACUUUGUUCAUUACGAGACACGCUUACUUAUCAAUAAGCACAAUCGGUCUGCGUUUUCGCGCAAGCAUGAUCCCUACUGAACAUGUGUUUCGGGCCGUGGAGACGCCGCUGUUCUGGCUCGGAGCUGUGACCGCGGUCUGGCUGUCGGUGUGUUCCGUUUAUCGGCUGCUGGACGGGGUCAAGGUGUGGGUGCUGGGCAACGGGAAGCUGGUAUCACCCGCUAAACUUGGCGAAUGGGCCGUUGUGACGGGAGCAACAGAUGGUAUCGGCAAAGCCUACGCAGAGGAGCUGGCACGCAGGGGCUUCUCCAUUGUGCUGAUUAGUCGUUCUCAAGAGAAGCUGGAUGAAGUUUCCAAAGCAAUUGAGAGCAAAUGUGGUGUGGAGACAAAAACCAUCGCAGCAGAUUUCAGUUCAGUCAACAUUUACUCCGAGAUUGAAGAUGCACUUGCAGGACUGGAGAUUGGAGUGUUGGUGAACAAUGUUGGAAUAUCCUAUUCUUACCCAGAAUUCUUCCUCAGCGUCCCCAGUCUGGAUACUUUCAUUGACACGCUGGUGAAUGUCAACAUAACAUCAGUGUGCCAGAUGACAAGACUUGUUCUCCCUCAAAUGGCUGAGAGGAAGAAGGGCGCUAUCCUCAACAUCUCUUCUGCCAGUGGCAUGUAUCCAGUUCCUCUGCUGACAGUCUACUCUGCAUCCAAGGCAUUUGUGGACUUCUUUUCACGAGGGUUGCAAGCUGAGUACAAAAGCAAAGGGAUCAUCAUCCAGAGUGUUCUGCCAUUUUUUGUGGCAACCAAGCUGAGUAAAAUCCGAAAGGCCACCCUAGACAAGCCGAGUCCGGAGCGCUAUGUCGCCGCUGAGCUCAACACUGUGGGCCUCCAGACGCAAACCAAUGGUUACCUGCCUCAUGCCAUCAUGGGCUGGGUGACUACAGCUCUGCUCCCUGCCAGUAUUCUCAGCAGACACAUGAUGGGAGUGACUUUGUCUCAGCGUGCUCGUUACCUCAAGAAGCAGAAGCAGGGCUAGCUUAGUGGCGGCCGGGAGCGGACCAGCUGUGCUCAUGCCUCCUCUGACUCCCAUCAUCAUCACCAUGGACCAAGAAGAGGAAAAGAUGACAGUUGCUGGGGAGACGAUUUUCCCUUGCCCUCAGAAAGUGCACGUCAUAGAUAAUGCAAGGCAGCCCUAUCACUGCGCAUUAUUAGUUUUCAGCUUUAAUCAACCAAUUGAAAAUAGUUUUGAAUUUACAUCUUGGCUUACACAACUCUAUAUUUAACGCUCUUAAUAAUGACAGGUUGUAACUCACAUUUUGGACUGAAAUGUCUUCAUGUUGACAUUCUCAACAUUCCCAACAAAGCACUUAAAAAUGAAAACGUAAUCAGGAGAGUUUUUCUGCUACUUAUUUGCUUUUGUGAUGUGGACCUCCACAUAGGCUUCUUAUCACUGACUCAAAUUUGCUGUGCUAUUUUUCCACUUUGCUUACGGACUCUCUAGGAUUGCUUCCUGCCCUGAAAUGUGAUGUUUGAUUUAGGUUUGUAUUUAUCUGACAAACCAAUGAAAACAAGUAACAAAUGUUGGUACUUGUACACAAUCUAAUGAGAUCUAAUACAAAUGAUUGAUUAAAAAAACAACAACAAUUCCUCAAGUCUUGACAUUGCUGCAAUAUGGUGCAAUGAGGUGCUACACCACAGUAGGUAGCCUAAUAUACACUUUAAAGUAAACAUUUUUGAUUGGUUGAAUCAAAACGUUUUUGUGAGGACAGACGCUUUACUUACAUGAUACACAAACUAUCUGUCUUAUUAAAAUAAGGCGCAUCCAAAGACACAUGCUGUAUGUUGUCUCUCCCUGCAUUGACGACAUGGCAACAGUCAUGUUCUAAAUAAUAGGACUUAAAGUAUUACUUGCAACCAUUGUGGAAAUUUCUUACACAGUUUGGGGGAAAUUUAAAAACUGCCAGACUGAGAGUUGUAACCUUUUGGGCCUGUAAAAAAAAAAGGACCAAUGUCUUAUGCACUUGAGUGAGUUUUAAAGUCAAUAUUAAAAUAUUUGGGUGAAAUGGA